AUGGCCUUUUCCAAAUGCGACAGAGCUCGACGUCCUGAGGACCAAGGCUAUCAAAUCAGCAGCUUCCAUUCUUCAGCUAAAAAGGGUUCGUUUAAAGAAGGUUCUGUCCGUAAGCCUGCGCCCAGUCAACCCUGCGUGCCGACCGUCUUCCCCUCGAGGGUACCCCCUGCCUGCCUCCGGGACCUGGCCCUCCGCCCCGGCCGCGCCCCGGGCGCAGCCCCUUUUGGCACCCGGACUCCCAGGUGCCCAGCGCGAAGGCGGAGCCGGACUGCAGCCGCCUGGGUGGCGCCAACCAAGACCCCCGGGAGUUCGCGGGUCCCGGCGCUCCGGCUGCGACUCCCACAGCAUCCUCCACCGUUUCUCCUGCAUCCCCGGGAACUCUGCGGUCGCGCGCAGCCCGCGGACGCCACUACCAUGAGCGCGGGGCCACGAUGGCCGGCGGCCCGCAGCCUGCCUGCGCUCUGCGCCGCGCUGCUCCUGCUGGGUUUGCAGCCGCCCACCGCGCGCUCAGAGGGGAAGCUCUUCGUGCUGGAGUCUCAGAACGGCUCGCAGGGCCUGGACCUGGAGGCGGCUCGGCUCUCCUGCAAGGGUAAGGGUGCCCACCUGGUGUCUACCGGCGAGCUGAAGAGGGUGAUCCAGGAUUGUGCCUUCGCAGUGUGCACAACAGGCUGGUUGGCUGAUGGCACCCUUGGGACAACCGUGUGUAGCAAAGGGAAUGGUGAACAGCAAAUUCCGAGAGCUGUUGAUGUGAGAAUUGACAGUCACCCAGUUCCUGGUGCCAAGCACAACGCCCUUUGUAUUAAGGAUGAAGAGAGGCCCUGCGGAGACCCACCGUCCUUCCCACACACCAUCCUCCAGGGCCGCACGGGCUUGGAGAUGGGGGACGAGCUGCUGUAUGUGUGUGCUCCAGGCUCUGUCACAGGCCAUCGAGAAGCUGCCUUCACCUUGCUGUGUAACAGCUGUGGGGAGUGGUACGGACUGGUGCAGGCCUGUGGGAAAGAUGAGGCCGAGGCUCAUAUUGACUAUGAAGAAAAUUUUCCUGACGACAGAUCUGUGUCAUUCAGGGAACUCAUGGAAGACUCCCGGGCGGAGGGAGAAGAGGAAAAGGCUCAGGACGAUGCCUCUGAAGAGACACCAAAACAAGAUCGGCUGGUCUUCGCUUCUGCAUCUAAAGAAAACGUAGCCCAGGAAAAAGCCUCUGUGCCAACCCCAGGCUUGCCCGGCGCUGGGGGCAGUGUCCACACAGACUGGCCAGGAUCCCGCCUAAAACGGAAGUACUCGCUCUGGUUUCCGCCUGAGACGUUCCACAAGCCAGAGAUGGAAAAGGAAGUGGGGGAUGAGACCAAAGAGCCACUUCCUGCCAGAGACAACCACAGUGAAGGGAAGGUGGUGCUAGGGGAGUCUGAAACCGGGCUGGUCUAUGCCACCACCUACAGCCCCUCGGAGCCAUUUGUGGAUAGGAAUGACAAGGCAGAGGACCCAGUGGUGAGCAGCAGUGAUGAUUCCUGGCUAGAUGGCUACCCUGUGACAGAUGGGGCUUGGAGGAAGGUAGAGGCUGAGCGGGACGAGGAUGGGGCCAAGGGGGAUGGGUCAGUGGGACUGGAUGAAGGCGUUUUCACGACUCCGGAUCAGCCUGCUACGGAAGUUAGGGAGCACAAGAAUGCCACCGCCACACUAAGAGAAUCCGCGACACACAGUUCUAUCAGGCCAUCUCGAAUGUUCGAUGUAGAGACUCUGGUUCCGGGGCCCAUGAAUGUGUCUGAGACUGAGAGUCCCCAUACCAGGGAUGGUGGUUUGAUUAAGUAUCAUUCAACUGUCCCUCAGAGAGUCCCCACGCAGCAGUUACCCAUGGCCACCUUACCCUAUGAACUCGCCACCUCCACCCAAGAGAUUGUACCAACGACUCUCCAGCCGACACUGAAACGCACCCCCUCAACUAAUGUGGAGGCCAGCCAGCCUCCAGCAGAGGCCACGGAUCCUGAGGUUCAGGAUAGCUUCCCAUACCUGCUGUCUGAGGACUUCUUGGGACAGGCAGGCCCCGGGCCUGGUGCAAGUGAGAAGCUUCUUCCAACCUUGGCGCCAUGUGUCGGGGAUGAGUGUCCCGGCUUCAGGAAAGGCCCGGUGAUCGCCACCGUUGUCACUGUCCUGUGUGUGCUGCUGCUCCUGGUGGUUGUGGGAGCAGUGUGGGGCUACCGCAGGUGCCAGCACAAGAGCUCUGUAUAUAAGCUGAAUGUUGGGCAGCGGCAGACUAGACACUACCACCAGCAGAUUGAGAUGGAGAAGGUCUAGCCAGCCUCUGUCAGCACGGGCUCUCACAAAGCCACUUGGAGGAAGAUAAACUGUGACUGGUCACAUUGAUAAUCCUCAGGACCAGCAGUGGAAAGGGGUCACCCUCUAAGUCCAAG